GCUGAAGUCGAAGUUUCAACCCCCCAUGCAAAUCAGAUGUCUCCAACCUGGUCUCAAAACCCUAAUAUACUCAGAGGAAACGCCACUCAUUAUCCAUUCAUACUCAGUGGCAUAUUCCUCACUAUCGCCUCGGUCGCUGCAGUCUUCUGCUUUCCUUUCGUUGUUCGGAUCCUUGGGUAGUACUACUCAAUCUUCAUUAUUCUUGUCUUCGUCAUCUGGGUUAGAUGAUUUGCUCGGGACUGAAAGUGGGGUUUACAUGAGCUUCGGGGAAGGGAAAUUGCUAGAACCCGACAUCCCGCCUGAUAUGGCUAAGGUGACGAAUAAGUUGUAUGACACCGUUAAGUGCUACCACACUGUCAACGAAGAGCUAGGGUUUUCUGAAGAAGAUUGGGAAGAAGAAUUUAAGGAGUUUGAUUUCCUAGAGGAACUGCAUGGUGAUCAAGAAAGCAAUAUUGAAGAUCAUGAAGAUGAUGAGUUUUUGCACCAAGGAUAUCCAAUAAUUAAUGGUGCAUCUUCAUCGGUCCCAAAGGUGUUCAAUGGGAGGGAGGGACUCCAUCCACGCAAGUGGUUCACCUAUUCCGAUGGAUUUAUGUUAUCAUCAGAGUAUCAGAAUUCAUUCGCCAAUCAUGAUUUCGCGGAUCGCAGCAGCACAUGCGUCUUGGUACACUCGAAUUCAGCUCCAUUCACACUCUGGGUUGGUCCCAUUGCAGCUGUUAUGUAGAUAUAUAUAAAUUUUACUUCAGUUC